GCAAGGUGGUUAGCAGUUAGCACAAAAGAAUGAAAGAUUUGCUUCCAAUUUCUUUGGGGUCAAUCUUCCCAAGCUGAAGGCUUUGCCCAAGGACGUUUGAGAUUGUGUGCAAAAUGUAGCUCUCCAUGACAAUGGAUAUAUGUCAGUGUGUCACAAAUACAGCACAGAGGCAGAGAAGCAGAUGCUUUGAUUCAUUGCUUUCGCACUCAGAAAAGAAAAUGUCGGUGCCUCGAACAUCGUGCACUAAGCUAACACUCAUAACCGUAGCAGCAGUCAUCUUGCAGUUCUUCGGCCUCUCCGUUUUCCUCUUCGCCUUCUUCCCCGUCAAACCCACCCUCUCCGGCCACAGUGGUUUGGAGAGUCUCCGACCUCCAUCCUGCAACGCUGGUGGCGCUUCAAAUCGGAGCGAGGCUUCUCUGCCUCCUGAUCGGCUCAGGUCGUUGUAUCAGGAAGUAUCUGAGAUCCUUCCUCCAUAUGAUCGACUCAUCUUAAUGGUAAUUGAUGCUCUUCCGGCAGAAUUUGUGCUUGGCAAGAAUGGGAAGCCUCCAAGAAAGGCUUUUAUGGAAGCCAUGCCAUAUACCCAGUCAUUGUUGGCAAAUGGUAUGGCUGUUGGAUAUCAUGCAGUAGCUGUGGCUCCAACCGUUACCAUGCCUCGUUUGAAGGCAAUUGUUUCUGGAGCAAUUGGUGGUUUCCUGGAUGUGGCAUUCAACUUUAAUACCCAGGCUUAUUUAGAUGACAAUCUUCUUGCACAGUUCUUUAAGAUUGGGUGGAAAAUGGUCAUGCACGGUGAUGAUACAUGGCUAAAGUUGUUUCCUAGUUUUUUCGCAAGACAUGAUGGAGUUGGCAGUUUUUUUGUUAAAGAUACUGUGCAAGUAGACCAAAAUGUGUCUCGACAUCUUGGUGAAGAGCUUAGCAGAGAUGAUUGGAACAUUCUGAUUCUUCAUUAUCUAGGCUUGGAUCAUGUUGGACAUAUCGGUGGCCGCAACAGUGUGUUAAUGGUUCCAAAACUUUCUGAAAUGGAUGAAGUGGUGAAGAUGAUUCAUACGAAGACCUCUCAAACCCUAGGAAAAGAGCAGGGACAGACACUUCUGGUUGUUGUCAGUGACCAUGGAAUGACUGAGACUGGUAAUCAUGGUGGUUUCACAUAUGAGGAGACAGACUCACUAGCUCUAUUUAUCGGCCUGAAAAACCAUGCCUCUUACCAUGCAUUCUCCAAUCAUGACACAGUAUCUCAGGUUGAUAUUGCACCUACACUUGCUUUACUUUUUGGUGUGCCAAUACCUAAAAAUAAUAUUGGCAUUUUGAUCUCCCAAAUGAUGGACUCUCUGACAGAUGAACAAAAGUUGAGGGCACUGCAGUUGAACUCAUGGCAGCUAUUCAGAUUACUUCAAGCACAGUUGCCUGGUUUGUCUUGCAGAAAUUUUCCAUGUGAUGGCUUUGUUUCCGAUGGUGGACCCUCAGUUGGUGAAUGCAAAGGUAGUGACGAGAAAUUGUUUUGUUGCUUGUAUUUAAACGCCGCCACUCUUCAUGAUGGUUGGAAGGCUAAAGUAGCCAACAGGUCUAGUCAUGGAGAAGGCUACAGUGGCAUUACUGCAGCAUAUAAUGAGUUUUUGAGCAGAGCUCAUGAGUGGCUAUCACGCAAAGCAACUGAUAAACCAGUGAGUUUACUUGUUCUUGGACUUUCUGCUUUGAUCACAUCAUCCUUAAUACUUCUGAGACAUGUAUUCAUCAUCCACAAAGAAGUUCCUGCUGGGGGAAUACAAGAUGCUGGCAAUAAUAUGAAGCAAUGGAAUUUGGAUGAGGUUUUCAUCUUGUUUAGCAUCAUCAUCGUUGCAAUGAGUAUGGAAUCGAGUUCCAUGGUUGAGGAAGAGCAUUAUAUUUGGCAUUUUCUAACUGCUACCGUUAUUUUGUUAUUUCUUCGGAAAUCAAUAGCAUCAUCGAAACUUAAUAAACCACAUGAUCAUCUCAAUUCAGUAAAGGGACGAAAUAUAUCAGGAUGCUACCAAAUGAGUUCAUUAUUGCUUAUUCUUUUUUGUGGAAGAAUUUUGAGGGGCUGGCAUCAAGGUGGUGUGAAUUGGACUUACCUUCCUGACAUUUCAAAGUGGCUUGAACAGGCUGGCAAUCAUUAUAUAACAAUGAUUCGUCUAGCAUCAUGUGUUAUGAUAAUCAUUUUAGCCGCACUUGUAUUGUACUUCAUGCAGUCCAAAAUGAAAGUUGUAAUGGUGACUGGUUUGAGCUUGUUGGUGUCGGGGUUUUUGAUAUUGCAACAUUUCUUGAAACAUCCAGAGCUCUCUGCAAUAGACAACAAGGACACUACCUUAUCGAUACAAAUAUUUGAUGCCAUUCAUGGAACCAUCUCUGUUAUAGUUGCAUUGAUUUUGCCAUGGACUAUUCCCAUUAAGACUCCUGAAAUGUCCUCGAGAUGGAACUCCUAUGUACAUGAUGCUGCUCCUGUUGAGACUCAGAGCAUGGCAACAAAUUUAGUGUUAAAAGAUUGCUUGUACGUGGUGGGGUGCAUGUACGUAACUUCCUGGUGUCUUCUGCAGUUGUUACUCCAACAUCCCAUGAAUGCAAUGCCGGUUUUCUUACUCUAUGUUCAAGUUGUGGCCAGCAUGCAAACUUUUUCUUCAUGGCUACAUCAUAAUCAGUGGGUUGAGAUUACAUUGCUGUACAGCAUGGGAAUGGCAGGACAUUUUGCUCUUGGGAACAGCAACACGCUAGCUACCAUUGAUGUUGCCGGAGCUUUUAUUGGAAUUUCAAGUCACUCAACCUUCCUUUCAGGUGUUCAAAUGUUCAUGAUUACUUAUGCAUCCCCAAUGCUGUUCCUUCUUAGUAUGGUUAUGUACAUCUCCAUCAAGAUGUCAAUAAAUCUUCCAGUUACCAAGGAGGGAAAUUCCGGAGAAAUUCUCAAGAAUCUUCUUGUAUUUCCUUGUCUAGUUCCUCUGAGCAUAAAUUCUGUUCUCUUGACUUCAUACACUAUUGUCUUGCUGAUGAUGAGGAACCAUUUAUUUAUAUGGAGUGUCUUUUCUCCCAAGUACCUUUAUGUUUGUGCUGCAACGGCCUGUGUGUAUAUUGGGGUCUUCAUUGUAGCUGCAACAGUGAGUCAUACAUAUGUGGUGCUUUUUCAUCUGAGAAAGAGCUUCCGCAUAACUAGCAAGGAAAAUGGUACGCGCGAUUAGUAUUGAACUGUAGAAAAGCAAUUUUGACUCUUCUAACUGGAUUAAGCACUAGGUAAAUAUUGAUUUAUUUAUUUAUGUAUUCUAUUUUACAUUUCCGCCUUCUGUUUUCAUAAGUUGAGUUUUGAAAACGGAAUUGAUUGAAAUUUGUAUGAAGGAAUUGAAAACGGAAGAUAUGUUUUGUUUUUUAUUUUUUAUUUUUGAAAAAAGAAGUUAAAUUUC